AUGGCAAGCAAAAGUUCAACCACACAAGACGAAGAAGCGACAACGGAAGAAGUGCCAGGGAAAACCCUCCAAUCAACGAUCAGAAAGAAAAUGGCGUAUGUGACACAAAGGACAUCCAUAAUUGUCUACCUUGUCUUUCAUUUGAUCAGUAGUCUUGUGAUUUGCACCAGAGCAGACCUAAUAAGUGAGUGCACCGACGCCACUAUUUGUAUUGGAACCUAUGCUGACAUCUACAAAUCCUUAGCAUCAGAUGUGAACAGUUUUAACAUCGAAUCCGCCUUAUAUCCGGCAAAUGAGCCUUCCUCAGUUCUAGUCUUCGUCAAUAUAUAUGGUCAGAAUGGACCAGAUAAAGCAGGCAACGAUUCCAUACCUGCUGUAAUGAAAUACACAUGGAGUUUAAGAAGCCUUUAUGCUGCUUUUCCCGCUGUUUUCCUGGAGAUCUCAUCCCUUUUCUCGAUACUGGUGACUCCACGCACGCAAGAACUAAACAUCACGAUUCCAUACUUUUGCUGCAAUGUUUCUGUAAAAGACAGGAAAAGAAUGAUUAAAACUGUACUGGCUGCCCUUCAAGACCUUGCUGUAACUCCUGGUUUGCGAGAUCCACGCUUGAAUUUUGCAGAAUCUGUCAUAGAAGGGCACAUCCCAGACAUGAAGACUACUGAUCGUUCUUAUUUAAGGGUAGUUUUGUGGUUUUCUUUCCUGUGUCCCAUGUUUUUUGGUCCAUUUUUAUAUUUUUGGGUCUUACAAUACUUAAAAGAUGACACUCAAGGCACAUCACUCUCUGCGGGGAGCGAUGGAAACCGUAGUAGGGUGGAUUAUAUUUGUCGUAGAUACGAAGAACCAUUGAUAUGUUCAGUAACUCUAUUUUGUUGUUUCCUGUUGCUGAUAGAGGUCAUGUUUGUUUUAGCUAGAGUGUGGACAUCCACCGAAAUUUCAAAAAGAGGAAAUAUGUCGCGAGACUUUAUUGUACUCCUUGCACUUAUACCAGAAUGGUUAGUGAUAUGCUGUUGUAACUGCCUUUGUUGUGAAGAUUUGGAUAUUAGUUCAUUUUUCAGCAGAUUAUUGCUGAUUAUGUGCACGAGCUUGGUUAGUUACCAUUUGAGCUGGGUUGCAGUGGGUAUCAUGGUUAAUCCAGCUUGGGGCGUUUCUAUUUUGCUGAUACUUUCCUUUUUUGGCAUUACCUUAUUUUUUGUAAUCAAUGAAACAACCCACGCAAAUGACUUUCGCCUUUCUGCCCUUUUCGCAUAUACACCUGGCUUCCUUGGUCUCUGCUUUGUUGUCGUCCCUCCAGUAUUAGUUGGACAGUCAUUUUAUGGUCGGGAAACUGCAGAUGAUAUUCUAAAAGCAGCGUUAUUGUCUGUUAUCGGUGCUGUGUCAUGGCUGUACUUCAAAUCUCGCAAAGCUUCCUCUGAUACUUCACAGUGUGUUGAGGCUGCUAAGCAAGCAGCAGCUGUAGCGAGGGCUCUAGCCAAAAAAAUAACUGUACCUCAACGUGAUGGGACUGAGGUUCAUUCUGCAAUUGUGGCAGCAGCUAUAGCUACAUCCUCUGCAGCUAGUGCAGCUGCGGCGGCGGCGGAAGCUGUGGCUGUUGCUUUGGCUGCAGCCAAGAAUGAAAAUUCAAAACUUAAAGCCGCGCAAGGUGGAAACGAAAAUAGCACCCCAAAUGGAAAUGGAUUAAGCGAGGAGACACAUCCCCUAUACGAAAUCCAAAGUGCCUCCGGACGUUAA